AGGAACUCUGACUCAGUGCCUGUGUUUGGAGGACGAAACACUAAAAUUUGUAUCCAUGUUAUUUCUCAACACUGUUGAGUUCCCAACACAAAGAAAAUCCUGGAAUCAGACAGCAGGCAGGAGGAUGAUUCAAAUUUAUGCUGUUAACAGCAGAGCAACAUACACCAACAGUGACACUGGUCCUCUGGUAACGGUGUGAGUCACCAGGGGGAGGAGCCUAGCGCAGAACCAGCUGCUUUAAAAAGGCUCAGCUUCUAACUUUGUCAGAACAGCAAGAGAGUGGUGGAAGUGAGUGAGGGCGACUGGAUCUGAGCUGCUGACCAGUGAACUGCCUGCCCGGCACACCUCUACUCUGAAGAAGACCCACCCUCAUCACCGGCCAGAAACUCAUCAUAGAUCUUUCUCUUGUUAAGAGUGAAGCAGCAUGGCACGUUAGCUAUCUGCAGUAAUCUAUAAAAACAAUGAAGCCAAAAUGUAAUUUAACAAUUUAACAUAAAAUCCAAACUACAGUUCCACACGUCCUCCCACAGAGAGGAAAGGAACAGCACAAACCAAAGGACCAUGUUACACAUAAAGGAAUACUUCACAGAGGGACUGAUUCAGAUGGCCAUCCUGUUGAGUCUCUGUGCAGUCAGGGUGCAUGUGGGACUGGAGGCGUUCAUGCCCCCAUCCUGGUGUGAGCUGAUUCUGGGUCCGACCUCUGCACUGACACACACACAGAUCCUGAACCUCCGCAACCGGCACAGCCUGCACCCCAAGACGGUGGAUCUGGAUCAGUUCUUCACAGCGCGCAGGCUGUUGGGCUGGGUCCGCUCUCUGGAUCGGAUACAGGUUCCUCAGGCAGAGCUGGAGACAUGGCUGGUCCAGCAGGAAGUUGGUCCUCUGUCUGGACAAUUUCCUGACCAGAACUUUCUGAUGGACAGAACACAGAUAGAGGUAGAGAGAGACCAAAGUGAGCCAACUAUGGAACAAGGAGAAGUUCUGGAUAGUCUGGAGGAAGAAGAGCAGGUAUGUCAGAUGAUCACACACCAUGAUGGGCAGCAUGAUGCAUCUCUGAUGUUCUGUUUACAUAGAAAAUUAGCCUCCUGCUUCCCAGGAAGGUUUAAAGUAAUCAUAGAUGUUGAAAUGAUGACCUGUUCAAACCACAGCCCUGACUCAAGAACACCUGCGACUGCACCAGGUGAUGGGUCUGAAGCUCCGCCCCCAUGUUCCAGCACCCGUCCCGGGUCAGAGCCUCUCACAGGGACCUACUGGCAGCAGGAUCUGUUUGGGACUGCUAAUCAGCUGCAACAGGAGCCAGUUCUGCUUCCAUUGACUCCCAGUGAUGAGCUGGAUGAGGAUGGUUCAGUGAUCAACACAGGUUUCACUUUGGAGAACUCCAGGAUGGAGUCCUGGACAAUUCCUUCAAACUACACUGACCUGCUGGAUGAAAAUCCUGGCGGAGAUAACGUGGUAGUCUUCAGCAUGAACCUGCUCACUCAAGACAUUUCUCCCUUCAGCUCAGACUCUCCUUCAUAUGACCGGAAAACUCCUAUUGUCAACCAAGCGUCCGGAGGGAAUGAUCUGGACCAGGACUUUGGACAAACAUCGUCCAGUUCCUUUGUGUUGGCUGAGGAAGGUGCAGACGGUUUUCCUGGCCAUAUCAGUGACCUGUUGGAGGAUUUGAACAUUUUGGAAGACAUUCAGUUGUUGGAUGGACAACUGGAGGAAGGAUUCAGUCCUGAGCUGGAAGCCAGAUCUAAAGAGGAAGAGGAAGAGCAGCUACACUGUGAGGGAGUCCAUCAGGGGGCUGGAGGGAGAGGUAACCGGAUGGAAGAUCAGGAGCAGCCCAGCAGACUGGGAGAUGUCUGGGCGGAGGCGGAGGCGGAGGCGGAGGCGGAGGCGGAGGCGGAGACGGACUCAGACUCUGGCCUGUCUCUGGACUUCAUCCACAGCCCUUCUUCCUUCUCUUCUCCUAUUGUUUCUGAAGGCUCAGCAGAUGAUUCUUCAUCCUGUGCGUCGGCUGUGGAGAAUGUGUUUUCUGACGAGGUGAACAGCAGCGAUGAGGACGGCUCAGCUGGAUCCCAUUUAGAAGUGGAGGUGACCAUUAAGCAGGAGGAGGAGGRGAUGGGAGCGGUUGGAGGACAUGGCAUACCACGGUUCCCUGCUAACCAUGAAGAUUCCAAACUGUUUCCAGGCUUUUCCUGGGUGGAACACAUAGGCCAUGAUCACACCUACUACAACCCGCCCCUGUCCUCGCUGUCCUCUCCAGCUCCUGGGACGAUGUCCAAGCCGUGCCGCCAUUCCUCCUCCAGCCUGGCUCCAGAAACUAAAGCCUGGAGCCGAGACGAGAAGCGAGCCCGGGCCCUCAGGAUCCCUUUCUCCUACCAGCUGAUUGUUAACUUGCCAGUAGAGGAGUUUAACCACCUGCUGAGUAGCGGCCAGCUCAGCCAGCAGCAGCUGACCCUCAUCAGGGACAUCCGGCGGCGUGGAAAGAACAAGAUAGCUGCUCAGAACUGCAGGAAGAGGAAACUAGACGUUCUGCUAGCGUUGGAGGAAGACUUGAAGGCCCUGAGACUCCAUCGCUUAGAGCUGCUGCAGGAGAAGAGGAACAGCCACAGGCGCCUGCAGGACAUGAAGAGCAGAUUUGGGAAGUUGUACCAGGAAAUCUUCUCCCAGCUGGCGGAUGACAACGGCAGGCCGCUGGACGCCACAGAGUACACCCUUCGUUUUGGACGUGAUGAUACAGUUACUGUGGCGUCGGUCAAAGUCAGUCAAAACAGCAAAAAACACAGAAGCGUGAAGAAGAGGAGGAGCUGAAUAAGAACUGAUCAGGUUGGAACGGGCAGGAUGAGCUUCCAACAAGGACCCAGCAUGAAAGCAUGAAAGCAUGAAACACCGACCCUCCCGACCUCUGGAUGACCUCAACUGGAAGGUUCUGUACAUGACAGAUGUAAACCAAGGCUUCUAAAAUUUUCCAUUUCAAAAUUUCAUGCUUUUCCAGACUCAGUUUCUUGUAAUUUUUAACAAGAUUAUAGAAACCUGAGUAUAAAACAUGUCUAUUUUCUCCUCCUGAAGGAACAGAGCUAAAUCUGGCUUCUGCUCAUUAAGAAGUCUUUUCACUGUUUUUGGUAUUUGGACAAACUGAGAUCAAUUCAUAUCUUUGGUACUUAGAAAAUCUGUGAAAUGGAUUAUUCUUGAACAGAUACAAAUCUGCUACAUCAGUUUGUAGCAAAUAAUAUCUCAAUAAUUUAGGGUUAAAACUAAAAUUAUUCAGACUGAAGAAUGAUAAUUCUGAUGUUCUGCAUGUGCAUCUUUGCUUCUUAGUGUAACGAUUUCAUACACAAGAAGAAGACAUGCUGCCUUAUGGAAAACAGAGAAUCCCAGAGCUCCUGCUGGUCAGCAAGCAGCGGACCACAGGUGGACAUCACAGCGUAAUAAAGAGAAGCACCAUCUUGUAAAGACCCAAAAGGUGUAAAGUUCCCAGUGCAGCAUGGCUGCCUCACCUUCAGCACAAAGACUGAAACUAUGGAAGAUGGAAAAGAACUUGAAAUUGUGUAACCUUUGUUGUAUUAUACUUUUAUCCAGGAUGUUGAUUUUACAUGUAUUAAUUCUAUGUAAAGAAUAAUGCAUUAAUGUAUUCAGAAGUGAUGGUUGGAUCUCUUCUGCAGUGAUCUGCAAGAAAAUAAUCCUGACACGAAAAGAAAUGUGUUCAUACAAAGUCUGAAGUCAUUUGUGGUAAACAGAAAAUCCAAAUAUACUUCAUCAGGUAUAACGCUCCA